AUGCUCUUCCUUCGAGAGGGCCCUCGAUGGGACAUCUGCCGUGACAACGUUAAUGCUGCCCGCACGACAAUCGUGAAAAGCUAUGGUGUCCCCGAAUCUCACCCUGAGGUUGUCUGUGAAGUUCGGGAGAUCCAAGAGAAGCUGGAUGCCGAGUCAACAGCUGGCGGGGGACAUCCAUGGUAUGAGAUAUUUACCGGACCGAAGACGCCCUACCGGACAAUCUUUGGAGUCAUGAUUCAGGCCCUGCAACAACUGGCCGGCGCCAACUUCUUCUUCUAUUACGGAGCAAAGGUCUUCAAGGCGACGGGCAUCGAGAAUAGCUCCACCACUGCUAUGAUAUUGGGCGGAGUCGACCUUUUAACCACUCUUCCUGGAUUAUACAUUGUUGACCGACAUGGCCGUGGUCCUGCACUGAUCGCUGGAGGGCUGUCGAUGUUCAUGUGCUUCAUGGUUAGUGACUACACAGCACCUGAACCUUUGCUUUGA